AACUGAGCUUUCAUUUCAAGAUCGGGUCUUUCCGAAAUGGAGAGAACGUUGCUCGCGUUGAUGGUGGUCUCCUCGCUCGUAGGGUUAGCAACCGCUAUUGAUCCAAAGCAUGCUAUUGAAAUCCUCAGCCUCCACGUGGACUGCAAAGUCACAUCCCGAUUUGCUCACACUGUCAUCACCAGCAAAAUUGUCAACCGGGCUAAUGAAUCCAGCGAGGCGACCUUUGAAGUGGAGCUACCCAAGACGGCCUUCAUCUCCAACUUCUCCAUGUCCAUUGAUGGCGAAGUAUACCCGGGAAUUAUAAAGGAGAAAGCAUCUGCUCAAAAGCAGUAUGACACUGCGGUCUCGCACGGGCAAAGCGCUGGCCUCGUGAAAAUCACGGGGAGAAAACUGGAGCAGUUUCACGUCUCGGUAAGCGUCGCGGCGGCCAGCAAAGUCACUUUUGAGCUGACCUACGAGGAGCUGCUGAAGCGGCAGCUGGGGAAGUACGAGCUGCUGAUCAAGGUCAGGCCUAAGCAGCUUGUUAAACACUUCCAGAUCGACGUGCGCCUCUUCGAGCCCCAAGGCAUAAGCUUCCUGGAGACCGACAGCACUUUCCUGACAAACGACUUAACGCAGGCGCUUACAAAAGUGCAGAACGAGACCAAGGCUCGUAUUCUGUUUAAGCCAACGGUAGAGCAGCAAAAGAUAAAUCCCGAACUUGAUGAGACCCUCCUCAACGGGGAUUUUCUUGUACGUUAUGACGUUAGGAGAGGUGCGACUGCAGGUGAUAUACAGAUCGUCAAUGGGUAUUUUGUGCACUAUUUCGCACCCCGUGAAAUGCCAGUGUUUCCCAAAAAUGUCGUCUUUGUUAUAGAUCAAAGUGGCUCUAUGGCAGGCAGAAAGAUUGAACAGACGAGGGAUGCUCUCCUGAAGAUUUUGCAAGACCUCCGAGCAGGAGACCACUUCGGCUUUAUCACCUUUCACCGCAAAGUUGCGGAGUGGAAGAGCUCCUUGCUGGAAGCCACGGCGGAGAACGUGGCGAGCGCUGCAGUGUUUGUUCAAACUCUCAUCGCUAGCGGAGGCACAAACAUCAACAGCGCCCUGUUGACCGCUGCGAGCGUGCUGGAUAGAGCCGAGACGCUGCCAGCACGGAGCGUGUCCAUGAUUAUUUUGCUGACAGACGGUCAGCCCACUUCUGGUGAGACUAAUGUGGAAGUAAUUCAAGAAAACAUCCGGAAAGCCAUCAGUGGGAAGUAUGCCCUCUUCUGCCUCGGCUUCGGUUUUGAUGUCAGUUAUAAGUUCCUUGAGAAAAUGGCCCUGAGCAACGGGGGAAUUGCACGUCGUAUAUAUGAAAAUGCGGACGCAGCCUUGCAGCUCCAGGGUUUUUAUCAGGAGGUGGCUACUCCAAUAUUAACGAAAAUUGAAAUGCAGUAUCCAGAAAAUGCCAUCGAGGGAUUAACCAAGAACAAUUUCAAGCUGUUUUUUGAAGGGUCUGAAAUCAUAGUGUCUGGAAAAAUCAGCAAUGAGCUUGAAGUUCUGCCAGUAGAAAUUAAAGCUCAGUCACAUACUAGUGACUUGACUCUUAUAGAAGAAGCAAAUGUUAAAGAGAAGGAGCGAGUAUUUCAAAAUCAAAGCUACAUCUUUGGAAAUUUCAUUGAGAGAUUGUGGGCUUACUUAACCAUUCAACAGCUUCUAGAAAAAUCUAUUUCAGCGCAAGAACAGCAGCAGAAAACCCUGGAGGCGCAAGCCCUGGAGCUGUCCCUGCAGUAUGGCUUCGUUACACCCCUCACUUCCAUGCUGGUCACCAAACCCUCUGACCAGCAGCAGACGGAGCUGGCGAACAAACCCACCGAAGCCGAUAACGAGAAGCCCAGCAGUUUCCCAGUAGGAGAUGCUUAUAGACUGAGGACUGGAUCACUUCCCAGUCGCUGGCGAUUCCUGUACCAGUCCGGAAGCCAAAACUCCAUAAAAUUCAGCGGAGAGGUUAGAAACCUGAAAAGGGGAAAAAAAAGCAAGCGCUUCAUUAAACUCUUGUUCAUUUUAAAUGUUUCAGUUUUCAGGCUAGCAGGACAAACAAGAUCCCAGCCUCUCGCCGAUGAAUAUCCCCAGCUUCUCUUGCAAUUACCUGGACAAAGUGAAAUAAUCUGUUUAAAUACUGAUGGGCAAGCGCAGUCGUCUGUACACCUGCUGUCCGAUCCGGAGCAAGGAAUCUCUGUGACUGGGAAUCUUGGGGACAAAACAAAUCACUUUGUGCAGUUCGAAAUUACCUAUGUGAAUCCCCCUGUGCAAAUCCACGUCUCCACGGACGCGGUUGUCGUACGCCACAGUCGCAAGACCACCCGGCUGCCAUGGACCGAGUCUGCCACCUCCACAGUCCAGGGGCUGAGCAUCUCAGUUGAAAAGGAAAGAAGCCUAACAGUGUCACUGCCUGAUACUGUCACAGUAAAAAUAUCCUUUGUCAAGCUUCCAGAUGAUUUCCUCGGACUGUAUUUCUUGGACACUAACCACUUUUCUGACAAUGUCAGUGGAGUCCUUGGUCAAUUGUAUUCAAAAGCACAAUUUGAAAAUAAGCCCAGUGUAAAUCAGAGAGAUGAUGAAAGACUCCUAAGUGUAUCUGGAACUGAGCACAGAGUUACCAGGCAAUACAAGAAAGAUUACAGGCUUGAAUCAGCCAGUGAUCCUGUUUCCUGCUGGUCAUUGGAUAUAACUUCCUAGAGAAGAGUCAUUUGAGAAAGAAAACACUGCAAAUGAUGCUCUGCCAAACAGUUUGGAUACUCUCUCCUCAAGAAAACUGCACAGUCACUGCCUUACUUGUUAAUGCAGGACUGCCAUAUAUAUCUCUCCUCAAAAUCUUUAUACUUCUAAGAAGAGAGCUUGCUUGCUUGUGUGUAAUUGUAAAAUGGUUUACAAUGCUCAGUUUGGUUAUGUUGUGGAAGAUUCAUGUAAACAAAACUGAAUAAAAUUGACAUUAUCAGCUUACAGUUUCACAUGGA